GUGGGAGGUUUUGUGUCAGAUGGAUCGUGCAAUAAGGAGGUCCUUCUACGCAAAGGAACAGUUCGAUUCGACAUGAUGGUUGGGCGUGAACGCGUGAAUUCACAUGACGAGCGCUUACAGUACUUCUGUCUACCAGCGCCAUUAAAAGAAACUUCAAUCCAGCCGCCGUUCGAAAAUCGCAACCCUUCUGAGAUACAUAUUGUCCAAAGCUAGUAUCUAUGAAUAUCCCUGACGAAGAGAUCUACAACCCGUGCCCGCGUCCGAAUCCCACCAAAAGUCGUAUUAAACCUGAAGACCUUCCACAAUGUUCCACGGACAAAACACUUCCUGAAGAAUACCGCUUCAACGUCCGACGUUGGAGGCUUGAGCCUGGAUACAUCAAACCCCAGAAAUUAUUCUACGGGUUCGGAGUGGAUAUACAAGAUUUUAUUGACUACCACCAAAGGCAUCAACUCCCUCGACCACCGCCAAUGGACAACCGAGCAUGCUUGUGGCACUAUAUAAUGGACGACGUCAUGGAGGACUUAAGUGCUCGUUGUCGCUUUAAGCUCCAGCGUAUACUACCUUUGUCGCCAAAGUACGAUUACACGAUUGCGCUCUAUAAUUCCCACCACCUUAGCGUUACAGAGUUGGAGGACGAUGAAGAGGAAGAUGUUAUUCGGGUUAUAAAGGAAAGAUUCGGCAAUGUCGUUGCCACACAGGAGCCGCAGUGGUUUUCCCUUCUUGAGGAUUCAAUCCACUGA